AUGGCGCCCUCCAAACCUAGGCAGCCGACCCUCCAAAAUUCCAAUAUCUACGAUAACUGGGUCUCACACUCAACAGGCCACCAAGUAGCCGAUAGCCCGUACUCAAACACAACCGCAUGGCGCGACACGCGAGCAAAAAAACUCCGGAACCAGUACCGCACUGGGGACUGUCUUCUGCGAAGCUCGGGGGAGUGGAAGCGGGGGCAAGAGCAGCUCAGCGGUGGGACUGGGACUGGGAGUGGUGCUGGUGCUUUUGACGGAACACUGGGACCUGAUUCACCGGAGACUGAUGCUGGAGCCGGAGCCGGAGCCGGAGAGGGACGCCAGCCUGUACAGAAAUCUUCCAGGCCGAGACCCGGUGGCGAAUAUCGAUGGGUUUCGGAUGCGGAGGCCAAGCGCUCGCAAAUGGGUGUUCGGGAUAUUCGGAGCUUUAUGGGGGUUAGUAAACGCAAGGCGGAUGAUAAGGUGCAUUGGACGGAGAAGAAGUUGAAGUGGCUUCAUACUGUGGAGGAGGAAUUGAAGAAGAAAAGGCAAGAGAGUGAUAGAGAUGGAAAUAGAGAUAGAGAUAUCUCGACAGGAAGGAUGGGGGUGGAGGAGCCGACACCAAACCCGACACCGACAUUAUCUACCCCCAAAGACGAAAACCAAAACCAAAACCAAAACCAAACCUCCAACCCGAAUCCUAAUCUCAACCCCGAUCCCAAAUCCGAAUGCAAAUCCACCCUCCUAACCGGAACAUCAAUCUACAUAAACGGCACAACCCUCCCACAAAUCUCCGACCACAAACUAAAACACCUCCUCGUCGCGCACGGCGCCAACGUCGCCUCCUUCAUGGCGCGGAAGGGCGUAACACACAUCAUCGUUGCACCACCGGGAACAACAGGCGCCGGUGCGGGCGGUGGUCUCGCGGCGAGAAAAUUGCAGACGGAGAUUUCUAGGGGUGGGUGGAAGGGGGUUAAGAUUGUUGGAGUUGAGUGGGCAUUGGAAAGUAUCAAGGUAGGAAAACGGCUUGCGGAGUCGAAAUUCUCUGUUCUGACUAUCGCGCCUAAGGGACAGAGGAGUGUUACUGGGUUUUUUGGCGGUGCUUGA